ACAAAGCAUUCACGGAAUUUAAAUUUAUUGAAAAAAUUACCUAAAAACCUGUUUUUUCGUUAAAAAAUUUCAUCAAAACUCUUAUUUGAGUUUCAAUUCACAUCUAGAUUGUGAAAAUUUUCAAGUGAAAUGUUUUGAUUGGUGGAAAAUCGAAAAAAAUAAAAAGCUUUAUUCCGGUCUUUGAAACAUAAACAAUGAACAGCAAACGGGGAGUCACUGCAUCAAAAAAUCGCCCAAGUGGCGCUACUUCGUCGAAGGAAUCUCUGACGCCCAUCAUUCCGCACAUAAAAAUCGUGGACAAUGCCAAAACUCUGCCAAAGUUCACAGCUGCCCUGGCUCGGAAUCCGGACGACAUUUUGCCUGCUGAGGAAUUGGAUGCCAUUCAACUUGAAUUGGAGCAUUUGCUGUCGACGGUGGCUUUGCGGUAUCGCGUGUUAAAGAGCGAAGUGGAUACAAUUGACAAAGCGGAAGAGAAUCGCGAUAAACGAGGACGCGUUCAAACGCCCAAAGAAAGUUCGCCGAACAAGAAGAAAAAAUUCGACGAACGAAAUCGAUUCCGUGAAGGCAGCGGCAAAUUAUUCAGCACAAGUCAACGACAAAAAAUGAAAAAUACCGUUUCCAGUUCUCCCGUUCCGUCGUCAUCGCACGAAGAUAGCAUGGAUGCACCUCCGUCAUGCUAUGCUCAGAACACGCUCUCAAACAAGGACUCAAGUUCCAAAUUUUUACUGCCCAAAAAUGACAUCCCGAACAAAUUUUGGCUCUCCGUCGAGCCAUAUUGCAUGCCAAUCACACAAGAAGACAUCAAACUACUCGAUGACUUGAUCGAAGAAUACACCGGGACCGGAUUACCCGCUAUUCCGGAUCUUGGGCCGCAUUACGCGAUGCGAUGGGCCAUGGAAGAUCUAAAAGAAGCGCAAGAAGCCACAGGCGGCACAACACCCGUCAAGAAGGAAAAUGGUCACACAACGCCACCCAAAAAGGGAGAAGGCAAACAACUGGGCGACGGAGUUCUUGGACCCUUGACGCAACGACUCGUUAGUGCCCUAAUUGAGGACACAUCAAGUGCCGAGCAUGCCAGCAACGGAAGCGAAAGUGGCUUGGUGAAUGGACGUGACAUGCAACCGAUCAUGAAAAAUGGCAUUAAUAUUGAGAAGAGACUGAAAAAGGAAUUGGUUGAACACGGGAUUCUCGAGGCGGAAGAUCUCAAGGAGGAGGACGAUGAAAUUCUCACGGAAAUUAAACGUGUGAGGGCGGAAUUGACGGCGAUCGGGGAAUAUAACGCGAAUGAGCUGCGAAAAUUGCAUACGGCAGCCGUUGAGGAAAUGAGACGACUUGAUGUUAAGAAGCAACUUGAAGCAAAAGAUCAAGAGAUUAUUGAGUUUUACAGAAAACUCCAAAUGAACCGUCAAAAACAUCGGCCAUUGACAAAAGCCGAGAAAGAUGAAGUGAUUCGUCUGUGUGAAGAGCAAAGACGCCUUUCGGAGCAUCUUGAGACAUUUACUCCUCCAGGACCUCAUUUUUCAAUUGAUUAAAUUUUUAUUUAUCGAAUAAAAAAUUAACUUGAUUUCAGAU